GUCCGACUUGGUAAUAGAACUGGGGAGCGACAGUUCCGCUAAACUCACUGCAGCCAGAAACGAUGAAAAUCAAGAACCGCAGAAAAAAGUAUCAAGUUGCCACGGAGGACGACAAGAUUGUGGGUGGGUAUGAAUGCACGCGCCACUCCGAGCCCCAUCAGGUGUCUCUGAAUGCUGGGUACCACUUCUGUGGGGGCUCCCUGGUCAAUGAGAACUGGGUUGUGUCUGCUGCUCACUGCUCCAAGUCUCAUAUUGAGGUGCGUAUGGGAGAGCACCACAUCGGAGUCCCCGAGGGUAGCGAGCAGUUCAUUAGUGCUUCCCAUAUCAUUAAACACCCCUUUUUUGACCGCUUCACCCUUGAGAAUGACAUCAUGCUGCUUAAGCUGAGCGAGCCCGCCACCCUUAACCAGUACGUGCAGCCCGUGGCUCUGCCCACCAGCUGUGCCCCUGCUGGCACCAUGUGCAAAGUCUCCGGCUGGGGCAACACCAUGAGCUCCACUGCUGACAGCAACAGACUGCAGUGUUUGGACAUCCCCAUCCUGUCUGAUGAGGACUGCAACAAUUCCUACCCCGGCAUGGUCGACCACACCAUGUUCUGUGCCGGAUACCUGGAAGGAGGCAAGGACUCCUGCCAGGGUGACUCUGGUGGCCCCGUUGUGUGCAACGGUGAGCUGCAGGGUGUUGUGUCCUGGGGCUACGGAUGUGCUGAGAAAAAUCACCCAGGUGUCUAUGCCAAGGUGUGUGUGCAGACUGAGUGGCUGCACAACACAAUGGCCAGCUAUUAACUGCACCGUUUAACCUGCACAUCAGACACAUUGACUGUCCAACUGGCAACUUUUUUGUUGAAGUAAAACAAAUAAAAUGUUUGAAAUAAA